AUGAACGCAUUGAUUCUCCUCAUUGCUUUGGCGGUUUCAGCCGUCUUAGCUGAUGAGCCCAUAGCCAUCACGAAACAAAGUCACGAGCAAAGCGCCGAUGGCAAAUACUCAUUCAGCUACGAAACCGAAAAUGGAAUAUCAGUUCAAGAAGAAGGAACCCCCUUAGACAACAAUAAUUUUCUAGUCCAAGGUGGUGCAACCUGGUACGCCCCAGACAACACGGUUGUCCAACUAUCCUAUACCGCCGAUGCCAACGGAUACCAGGCCGUCGGAACCCAUGUGCCAACACCACCUCCAAUCCCUGAUUAUAUCUUAAGAGCCUUGGAAUAUAUCAGGACACAUCCACCGAAACAAAGUCAAUUAUAA